AUGGUAUAUAAGGUAAAAGCUAAGAAUGAACAAGUGAGCGAUGCUUUUGACUAUGGUGGAAAUAAUUGCACAAUGACUUUCGGUAACAUUCAAAAGGAGUUUGCAACGUGUUGUGCACAUGAAUUUACUAAGGUGAUUAUGGAAGAGCUUGGUGAUAGAAAAUUCUCCGUGCUUAUUGAUGAGUCACGGAGUGUUGAAGAACGAUUUAUUGCUCUACAUCAUGUCAAAGAUACUACAUCUCAGUCAUUAAAUGAUGCUCUUUAUGGUAUUUUUGAUAAGUACAUGUUAUCUAUUUCAAGGAUACAAGGGCAAGGAUAUGAUGAAGCUUUCAAUAUGAGAGGUGAAUUUAAUGGUUUGCAAAGAAAGAUUCUAGAUGAAAACUCUUAUGCUUUCUCUGUCCAUUGUUAUGCUCUCUAUUUGCAAUUAGUUGUUGUGUCUGUUGCUAGCAGUUGCUCAUCUAUUCAUGAUUUCUUUCAAUACAUCUCCUUGAUUGUGACCACAACAAGUGCAUCAUGUAUUCCGGUGUCAAAUAUGAAUGACGAAAUACCAGCUCGGGGUCGUUCAAGGGUAGAAGGGUGGACUAUCACUAAUCUUCAUCAUUACUGUUCAGAGCUUUGUUAUGUUGCUAUUGACAAAUUAUGUAUGGAAAGGGAUCACUGCUUUAGUGAAGGAAGUAACAUUAUCCUUGAUUUCUUCUCAUGUCUUGACUUCAAGAACUCUUUCUCCAAGUUUGAUAUUAAUAAGCUUGCUCGUCUUGCUGAUAUUUAUCAUGCAGACCUUUCUGAUGAUGACCGUGGAACAAUAAGGGAUCGACUUGAGACUUAUGUUCUUCAAGUGAAAAUAAAUGUUUCAUUUUCCACUUAUGAAGAUGUUCAAUGUUUGGCUACGAAGAUAGUUCAAACUGAGAAACAUUGGGCAUUUGCAUUGGUUUACAAACUUAUUGAGUUAGCUUUGAUAUUCUGUUGA